AUGCUUCUCCUCUUAUUUCAGCUGUUGGUGCUCCUGCCUCUAGGGAAGGCUGGACAGCGUCUGCAUGGCAGCCAGAGUCAGAGUCCUCUUUCCCCUGUGCUCUUAGAAAGACAUCGCAGGGAGCUCCCCAUGGGCAACCAGGAAGAAGCAGAGGAUAAGCCAGAUCUGUUUGUGGCAUUGCCACACCUGAUGGGUGCCAGCUCUGCGGGGGAAAGCCAGAGGCAGAGAGAGAAGAUGCUGUCCAAGUUUGGCAGGUACUGGAAGAAGACAGAGAGAGAACUGCACCCGGACAGGGGCUUGGAUGAUGAGCACUUCUCACCCGGGAUCCAGGCCCUCACUCAGCCAAUGGAUGGGAUGAGAGCGGAGAAAUCUCCUCUUCGGGAAGAAGCCAAGAAAUUCUGGCAUCACUUCAUGUUCAGAAAGAGUCCAGCUUCACAGGGGAUCAUCUUGCCCAUCAAAAGUCAUGAAGUUCAUUGGGAGACCUGUAGGACAGUGCCCUUCAGCCAGACUAUCACCCAUGAAGACUGCGAAGAAGUAGUUUUGCAGAACAACCUCUGCUUUGGGAAAUGUGGGUCCGUUCACUUUCCUGAAGCUGUGCCACACCUCCAUACCUUCUGCUCCCACUGUUCACCUGCCAAGUCCACCAUGAUGCACUUGCAGCUGAACUGCACCGGCAUUCCUCCCGUUGUCAAGGUGGUGAUGUUGGUGGAAGAGUGCCAGUGCAAGGUGAAGACAGAACAUGAAGAUGGGCACCUCCUGCAGGCUGGCUCCCAGGACUCCUUUAUACCAGGAGUUUCCACUUAA